AUUAUUUAUAUAAUUAGUGAUUGAAAAAAUGGCCGCCGCGGACAGCGGAGGGAGAAGACUGUAAGUGUGUAUUUAUAAUAUUGGCCUUGACAUUUAUCACUCUCGUUUGUCUGUGAGGGGUGGAAUUCUGUGAUGUGUAAAUGGUCUGUUCUUGUUCUCUGAAAGGCGGAGAGAAUAAGCUACGUCAUAAGCAGUGUUUUUUGCGGUUCAUUUGCAAGCGCGCUGGAAAUGACUUGUGCGCUCAGCGGAGGUGAGAGGUGCGUAUGAGUUUGUGUGCAUGUGUCAGUUUCUCGAGGGUCGUGUCAGUUACCACAUUAGUUGUUUUACCCAGUGCAGAAAAGUAUCCUAAACGAGGCAUAAAUAACCUACUUCGGGUGACUUGACGGGAGGACACAUGCUAACUCUCUUGGCAUCAAGGAAGCCCAUCCCCUCGCCUUGCAGAUAUUGAAAAUAUGCUAACCACAUCAGUAAAUAGCCAACGUAAUCAGAAAACAUAUUUAGAUGCAAACAUCUCGGUGUAACGUUGUCCUAAGUGUAUGUUUUACGCCUUAGUUUGUGUUUAGGUUUACUGUUUUGGAUAGUUGUUUUUUAAUGUGUGUUUUGUCAAUUACAUACUCUGCAUCUUAUAAUGUUGGACACUAACACAAUAAUCAACGGUCCCUCGGAAGCAACGUCCAUAUCAUUUUAUUUUCAACAUAAAUGCGAAAACUGUCCAUUAUUUUGCACCAUAAACCUCAGCUAGUUGUAGCAUAUGUCGUGCGUAGUGUAGCCCGUACGCUAUGGAUGUAGGGGUGCAAAGAGAGCAUGCUUUUCUAAAACGUGUUCUGAGGAGUAAGAAUUGUCCUUGAGUGAAUCAAAUCACGCAAAUCGUCCAUCGUCCGUGCGGUGAAACAGCAGCUCCAAACAGUCCUCAGCAGUAAACACACUUUUGACAAGAUGACUGCAGCUCUGUAUUGGUAGAUUAUACCGUGCUAUGCUACCAACUCUGCCCCAUCAACGCUGUUCUUAAAGUACGCCACUGUCAGGAUAGCAUGCUAUCAUUCGCAGUAGGGACAUGCCUGGUUAAUUAAACCAAUAUAGGUGACUCUUAGAUCGGGAAUAGGCUUAACGCUUUCUAAUUGGACGGGUGCUGAUAUAUGACCUAAUUUCGAUUUGAAACAAUAUUGACGUUCAGUUUGAUAAAAAAUGAUAGGCAUACUAAAAUCAAAGACAUAACUAUCUGUUUGAGUGUAGUCUUAAAUUACCAAGGCCAUGGUCUUGAUCAGCCAACAUAUCAUUAUAUUUAGUCCUAGAUUAUCCUCAGUCAUUUUGAGGGAUGUGUGCUUAUGCCUUUUACAAUCAUACAAUUUACUUCUAGAUAUGAAACAGUACCAAUAGGGAACCAUGACAACAGCAACUUUUUAUUUGGGUCUGAUUCUGUGGGAAUAGAUACAACUGUGGCACUGUUCCACACGGUUCUUUAACAUUUUUAUAUUCUACAUGAAUUGUCCAUGUUUUUACUGGGUUUGUCCCUGAAAACGUAUUCAAAGAUUUCCUUGGGAAAAAAUGCAGAUGUGGCCAUGACAUCAUGACUUGUGUCCAGAAGAAGGAUGUUGUGGACCAUCCCUGUUUGUCCUCUUCUGUUGUACCCUAGAAUGAGCCUUUUUCUUCCUUUGUAGUUUAUCUUUGGACAUAGGGAUGUAGCAUGGUUCAGAUACGAAGAUAUCCAGUUCCAAUUUUUUUUCCCAGGCUACAUAUCCGUCAUGUGCCACUUGCCACUAAAAUUAGAUCCUGGUCAAAAUAAGUGACCAUUGAACAGAAUAUUUAGGUGGAUGUUUUAAAUCAAAACCAAUCAAUUGAAAAUGCUAAAUUGUUAAAUCUUAAUCUUAACGACAGCUGGUAAAUGCCAUCCCAGGACUUAUUCAAAAGCUUCAGUCAUCUCACCUUUCAGCCAGCCAUCGAGGAAUGUAAUCAAUAAUAAGGAUAUUUAGUUUAUUAUGGAUUAUAGAUGGCUCUAGUGUAAGUGUAAGAUCAGAUCAGACUGGCUAUAUCCAAGCCACCCACUUUUUGUGAUUAUGGGAGCUGACCAUCAAUUAUGGAUUGGGGCUGGGAAUGGGUCUGGAACCAUCUCAGACAAACCGGCUCCAGACUUUAUUAUCGCAGAACUGUAACUUUAAUUUCAUUAGAAACAACAUUUAAUUUUCAUUAGGAACAGCUUUACUUACAUUUCUAGCAUAGUUUCACAUUAAUAUUGGCCACAAACUACAAGGCUGUGUGUGAUGUUGAGGAUGUGGAUGUUAAGGGUGCAGUCUGACACUGCUGAAGCUGGAAGAUUAUUGAUCUGUUUUGUUACUGGUUGAAUUUGAAUAAACAAUCAUUUUGUAUCUAACCUUUAUUUUUCUACAUAAUAUUGAUUUCUGUUGGCUUGUGUACACAUCCAUGUUCAUUUUACUACACUAUCUCUGACUUAACUAAUGCAUGCUACAUGUGUGGUGAAAUUACGGUCGUCCACAGGGUAUGUGUUUGUGAAAAUUAAGUCUUUGUUUGCAUUAUUUAUUAUGGUUUUCAGCACGAGGAAGAUGAACGAUAGAAACAAUUUAUGGCAGAUUGACUCAUGCGGGAAAAUUGGUUCUCAUCUUUAUUUGUUGAAAUUCAAAUUAAAUGCUAACUACAGAGAUGAUCAGACGCAAGACCAAUUUGGAUGAGAUUUGGAUUUCUUUUACGUGCUGGUACAUUCAAAAAACCUUUCUCCAGGGAUCCAGACAUUAUGUUUUGUGUCUUUCAAUGUAUGAUUAUGUUGUCUUUGAUUACCAGGGAUGUGUACAGUUUAUUUUGGUAAAGAUUUAAAAAAUGUGUUUGCCAUGAUUUAGGUAAUCAUUCUCCUGGUAAACUGAGGAAUGGGCCUUUGCUUUUAAAUGUGGGUUGCCUCUUCUCUCCAUGUUAUAUUUGUACAGAAAUAUGCCACCCACAAAUGUCAAAUAAACUUUGUUUUCUUUUGUAUUGAUCUGCGUAUUCCUGCUGUAGCAUAUGUAAAUAUUGGAUCAAUGGAUUAAAUUAAAUGUUCUAUUAUUUACCAGGUAUAAAAGUUAAAGUUAUGAAUGUAACCAUGUUUCAGUGACUUGGCCGCUGGCCAACAGUCAGACAGACAAAACUCAGUCUGCUUUUCCCUUGGGAUGAGCUUCUGUAACCUACCAGUGCUGUCACCUUGUGACCUUGUGGUGUUGAUGAGGUCCUUGUAGCUUUUUUAGCUCACAGAGGUAUGACACAGACAUGAAAAAUGAUGGAUGAAAGGAAUUCCCAUUUUUUUUGGAACAGAACACAAGCCUUUAAAACAAUGCCGCUUAUAUACUAGGUGAUCCGCAAUGGUAGACCCUGUGAAAUUGUCUUAGAACAAUAAUACCGUUAUUCAAACAAUUUGAAAAAUUGAAAGGUUUCUAACAACUUACAAGAGAGUAUGGGUGCAUCAGCAGAAAAUAAAUAUGCAUAUUGGCAGUGCGGGAGAUAUACAUAUUGACAGUAGCUGACUUGGGCAGUAUUGAGGUAUAUAGACUGUCCGACAGAAACAGAGCUUGUUAGAUGGCUGUAUAGUACAGGAUUACAUCCCUGCUGGGCAAGGGGUGCCACUUUCAAAGCAUGAAUGUUUUUGAGCAUGAAGGCCUCCUGAGUCAUCUUAGAGGUUGAACUGCAGGUGGUUGUGGCCACAAAUAACACUUUUAAUUGAACAGGGGGUCUUGGUCUUUUGGUAUGCCUUUCUGGAUAGGCAGGUCUGGCUGCAGAAGAAGAAGAAAAAUUAUCCCCAUCACGCAAAGAGAGAAAAAGAGACUAGAUCUGGAUCAGCAAGGUCAGAAGGUCAGUGUCCCUCCCCCGAAGGAGAAACUCAGCUUGGACCAUUGGGAUGAUGGGCAGUUGAAGUCAGCCUUGUCCUCGCAGCCACCGCCCCAUGUCAAGAAGACAUGGGUCGACCAGGAAGACCCUGCUGGGCCUUGGAGACUCGAGGAGCCACAGGAAGCCAAGGACAUCUCUUCCCACUUUGAGUCCACAGUCUCCCCCCAGCAAAGGGAGAAUGCCAUGAGAGACCGGGGGCCUCUCUAUGAUGACCCAACACUUCCACAGGGCUGGACCCGCAAACUGAAGCAGCGCAAGUCAGGCCGCUCAGCGGGCAAGUACGACGUCUACCUGAUCAACUCGGAGGGAAAAGCAUUUCGUUCCAAAGUUGAACUCAUUGCCUACUUCCAGAAGAUCGGAGAGACCAACACAAAUCCCAAUGACUUUGACUUCACAGUGACAGGCCGUGGCUGCCCAUCUCGGAGAGAGAAGAGGCCUCUGAAAAAGCCCAAAGUGGUGAAGCCUGUUGGCAGGAGGCGAGGGCGUCCAAAAGGGAGUGGCAAACGUAGGCACACCGAGGGCGUGGCAGUGAAACGUGUGGUAGAAGAAAGCCCUGGGAAGCUUUUAGUCAAGAUGCCAUUAAAGGCUCUCAAAGCUGAAGCCGAUGGACCUACUGGGCUUGCCCAAGUGCCCGUUGCCAAAAAACGCCGUGGACGCAAGAAGAAAAUGGCGCCGGAUGUACAGACGGCCCCAAAGAAAAGGGGACGUAAGCCCAGAGGAACCAUACCAUCAGGGAAAAUCACCAGUCCCAGUAUCAGUGUGACACUCCCGGUCACCGUACACAUCACUGAUGUAAGGCUGAAGGCAGUCAAGGGAAGUUCGGCAAAGUCACUGCAGGAGACAGCUCUGCCCAUUAAAAAGCGCAAAAUUAUGGAGGACCAGACAAACUCCGCAGGACCUGUGUUUUCAGAGAGCAGGAAGAGCGACAAGCUGGUUUUAGGCACAGAGGUCAAUAUGAAUGUACUAACCCAGGAACAAAAGGUGUUACACACUGACACUCAGACCGAGAAACCAAAAUCUUCCAUGUCCGUGGCAGGUAGAGGUUACAUCCCCUGUGUUACUCCUUCUAACAAAUUGAGCGAAAACAACCAAACAGCCCAGCAGCAUAAACACCAAUAUCAUCCCGCUCCCCACAAUCAACGCUUCACUCCUCCUACUCCCGUACCUCCCCUCUCUGUUCACCCAGCCCAUACUCAGUGGGCUGGCAAGAGCAGUGAACCCCAAGACUUGAGCAGACCGAGGCCCUACCAGCCCCAGCAGCAGCCACUGGCAAACAGACAGGCAUUCAUACAGCACCAUGCGCCCCACCGAUUGUUGAGUUCCAAGAAUCAAGCUGCAGCCGCCGUAGCCACAGAGCCCAAAACCAAGCACAGAAGCGGAGGGAGGGUCGAGGAAGAGGAGGAGGAGAUAAAGAAUGCAGCCGCUGCUUCAGCAGUGCCCCGUCCAAGCCAGGAAGAGACAGUAGAGUCCAGGACCUCAGUCACAGAGCGACUGAGCUGACUUUGACAGUCCAGAAGCAGGUGAGAGAGAUGAGGGACGGUGCACAGGCAUUGUAACAAACUGUAUAUGGUAGAUACAUAUGUAUGUUUAUGUGUGUGCAUAUCUGUACUGAUAGAAUCAACAGGCAGCUUUUCCCCCGUGGUUUAGGCUUAUAGAACCAUAAGUAGUAAAACACUAUACUAUACAUGUUAAUGGCUUUGUUAAUGUUUGCGCUUUAAAAUCAACAAUAUUCAUAACCCUUACAAAUUUCAAAGUGCUUUUAAACCCCCUCUCUCAAUUUCUUAGGGGCUGAAAACCUCAAGUGACUUAAAUAUGAAAUUCUUGACUCUUCCGCAAAAGAAAGUGUAAUCAUUUAGUUUACAUCACUGAGUUGCAAAGUAUAGACUUGGAACUCUUUUUGACAAUUCUCCAUAAAGCCAAACUCAGAUUAUGUAACACAUAUGGUUUUCUCUAGCUUAGGGGAAAGGUGUAGUAACUGAUGUUACCAUAAUAUUGCUGGUCACACAUAAAUACCAUCAAACUUGCUUUUGAUACAAGUGCCUGCUGUAUGAAGUGAGACAUGCACAGAAUACAAACAGAAUGAUUUAUUUAUCAAUGAUUGCAUUCAUAUAUUGCAGUAAUACAAUGGAAAAAUAUCAUUGUCACCUUGACGAAAUAGAGGGGUUAUCUGUGUGACACCCCUGUACAUGUAUCAAUUCACUAACACCAUGACAAGUACAUACCAACACCGAAACAUUUUCUUAGAUGGCACUCCAUGUGUCUUUUACAUAUGUUUGCAGACUAAUUACAAUAUCUAUGUCAAUCAGUCCCGUCCAGGAAAUAACAAAUAGCUGUUUAUUGUACAAUACUUUACAAUGCAGGGUAAUUAUAUUUGUGGAUAUUUUUGCACAUCAUUUAUGUAUUUAGUUUGCAAGAUUGUGAUACUUUUAAAUGAACAUCAAGUGUAGACAUAUUUCUUGCAUCUUCAAAACAAAAGAGCAACAAACUAUAUGAUACACACUUAUGUAAAAAAAAAGAAACAGAAGAAACAGCCUACCCUCUCUUGUCAAGAGUGAUUUGUGUCAUAGCACCAUGGUUUUGUGCAGCAUACUGCAUGUGUUGAAAGAGGUUGUCAUUACAGUCUGCCCAAUACAAAUGGGUGUACAUGUAAAGAAACAUCACCCUGACAAAGAAGAAAAUAAAGUGCAGAUAGACUGCCAUAUGUAAGUUAUAGAUAGAUGUGUUCUCCAUAUAUUACAAUCAGUGUCAUGACUUAAAAAAUGCAUUCUUAAAUAAGUAUAAUCAAAUAAGCACUUUGACUAUUAAAAUAUCAUACAUUGUUAAUUAGUUUGCUUUUUACAGUUUUUGAGAACAAGAAGCUUUACCUUCAGAUAAGAUGGCAACUACCCUCCACCCAUUUGGGUUUAUUUUUCUUGCUGUUCUAAGGACAGUUCCUUACUGAUUUAAGAUUAAUUUUGUUUCAUAUUUCCCUUUCUUUAAAUGUUUCUCUACCUGACAGCCACCACAAAGUUCCCAUAUUGUUAGUAGGAAUUUAAUAAAGAUGAAAUCUAGAUUUGAAAUGAAGAAAUGUAGUGGGAGGGCGUUAACAAAUUUGGUCAGUAUAUGUACACAAACAAAAUGGAUUGAGCUGCAUGAGAACAUGUUAAUCUAGGCAAUCUACCCGUCAAAAUCCAGAAAAAUCUGGUUUACAUAACUGACAGAUAAGGUAAAGACCAAACUAGUUAUGAAAGGAAAAGGGUGAGUGUAGCUGAAAGGUUGGCUCAGUAGCCUCACAACUCAUUUAAGAAUGAUAAACUUUUCAUGACUGUUUCUUUCACCACAGCACCCUCCUGUGUUUAAAUAUUGAAUCUAUGUUCAAAACCUCCAAACAAAUCAUGGUCAGUUCCCCCACACUACAUCAUUUUCUGAAACCAAUCAGUGGCUAUACAUGGCAUGGAUUCCUGUCAAGGAAUAGUAAAUGUUUUUUUUUGUUGUUUUUUUAGAUAUUGUCAAACCGUUUAAGCCCAGUUGUCUAAGCAUUGCUUAGGUUAGUCUAAAUGUUACCAGAGACACUUUUAAACACUUAAAUAACCAUAAUUAUACAUGUUGUGCCUUGAUAUUAUCAACAAGUCCUUUACUUAAAAAAAAAAAGAUUUCAUUUAUUUUUAGACUGAAAACAUUAAAAUGUAGUAUUGUAGCCCUUACAACAUGUAAAGUCAAUGCGUGUGAAACAAUGCAUCAUUCAUUCUCAUACUAAAUUUGGGGAAAUUGAAGACAUUUCUGCAUUGGUUGCAUGUUGGGCUUGCCUCCUUUAUAGUAUAUGACAUUUCAUAUUAUAGCCUUACACAGAUAGAAUUAUUAAAAAGAAAAUAAUUGCACCUUAUUAAGUGUUCAGUAACAGGAUCCCAUUGUCUAUUUUGUAUAUUGUUUUGUGUUUCUCUAGAGAUGUCUUAUUUUUAUAGUGUCCAUUUUGUAACUGUAAAUAAUGGUUUUGAUUGUCAUUCUGCUACAUGCUUAGAAUUUUUCCUUGAGUAUUUUAUUUUACUGCUCUUUUGUUGUUUUGUGGCAGUUCCUUUCAGUGAAUACAAAUAUAGCCUAUCUUAUUAACCUGCUUUUUUUGGGGGAGGGGGGGGGGGCAUUGUGAUGAUCAACAAAAUAAGAUCACGUCUUGUUUACAUAGAACAAAUAAAUGCAUGCUGAUGUUGUCAAGCUCA